UCUUCCCUUAGGUGAAAUCUCCUCCACUUCAAAGUAUUAGUGCCGACGUUCUCGGCUGUGAGAAGGACAGACUCUCCCUCUCCCCCAUGGCCAACGAGAAUGGCGUCAUGCAGGUGCAGAGCAACGCGGUGGUGAUCAAGUGUGACGGGCUGUACCUCAUCUCCCUGAAGGGCUUCUUCUUCCACAACGUCAGCAUCGACAUCCACUACCGGAACAGCUCGGCCCCGAUCCCGGCCCUCCGCAGGGAGAGGAGGGCCGACUUCACCACGGUGGUGCACAUGGGCUACAAGGACGCCGUGCACCUGGGCGUGACGAGCCAGGACGGCGCCUGCGAACAGCUCCAGAUGAACGGCGGCAAACUGUUCCUCAUCCAGCUGCGCUCCGACCGGUACUGUGCCCCGUGA